AUGCACAACCCAGAGCGGAAGCUCCUGGCCCGGAAGCAAGACCAGCGACCCCUCGACCACGUGUCUGACGCCACUCACUCCGAGUUCCACCCUCAGAGCUCCAUCCAGAUCGCCUUUGAGGAGGUGCCCCAACUCUUACCCAGAGCCAGCAUUGGUCAUGUGACCUGUGUAGACCAAUCAGAGAACACCAUGGUGCUGCAUUGUCAGCUCUCUGCUGAGGAGGUGAUGUUCCCAGUUUCUGUGACCCAACAGUCCCCCGCUGCCGUCUCCAUGGAGACCUACCACAUCACUCUGACACUGCCACCAACACAGUUGGAAGUUAACCUAAAGGAAAUCCCUGGCGAGGGGCUCCUUGUGUCCUGGGCCUUCAGGAAUCGCCCAGAUCUCAGCCUGACAGUGCGUCCCAAGCUGCAGGCCAGAGAGAGAGGUGAGGAGCAAGUGGAGCUCUCCACGAUUAAGGAGCUGAUAGAGGAUGCCAUCGUCAGCACCCAGCCAGCCAUGAUGGUCAACCUCAGGGCGUGCUCUGUCCCUGGAGGACUGGUACCCAGUGAGAAGCCACCCACGCUGUCCCAGGCCCAGCCAGCCAUCCCCAGACCCACCCGGUUAUUCCUCCGGCAGCUUCGAGCAUCGCACUUGGGAAGUGAGCUGGAAGGCACUGGGGACCUGUGCUGCAUGGCCGAGCUCGACAACCCCAUGCAGCAGAAGUGGACCAAGUCCGCGAGGGCGGGUCCCGAGGUGGAGUGGCCGGAGGACCUGGCCCUGGAUCUGGGCCCCCAGAGCCGGGAGCUGGUCCUCAGGGUGCUGAGGAGCAGCCACUGUGGAGACGCCGAACUCCUGGGCCAGGCCACACUGCCCGUGGGCUCCCCUUCCAGACCACUGUCCCGGAGACAGGUGUGCCCACUCACCCCGGGGCCUGGGACAGCCCUGGGACCCGCAGCCACCGUGGCAGUGGAGCUUCAGUAUGAGGAGGGUUCCCCCCGGAACCCCACCCCCUCCAUGCCACGCCCCAGCAUCACACCUACCAAGAAGGUCGAGCUGGACCGCACCAUCAUGCCUGAUGGCACCAUUGUCACCACGGUCACCACUGUCCAGUCCCGGCCUCGCACUGUAGAUGGCAAGUCAGACUCCCCCUCCCGCUCCCCGUCCAAGGUGGAGGUGACCGAGAAGACGACGGUGCUGAGUGAGAGCGGUGGCCCCAGCAGCACCUCCCACAGCAGCAGCCGGGAGAGCCACCUUGCCAACGGCCUGGACCCUGUGGCAGAGACAGCCAUUCGCCAGCUGACAGAGCCCAGCGGGCGGGCAGCCAAGAAAACACCCACAAAGCGGAGCACCCUCAUCAUCUCAGGUGUUUCCAAGGUGCCCAUCGCGCAGGACGAGCUGGCGCUGUCACUGGGCUACGCCGCCUCUCUGGAGGCCUCGGUGCAGGACUCUGCCGGAGACAGCAGCGGCCCCUCUCCCCCUCCCUCGGACCCCCCAGCCGCCUUUCCAGGAGCCCUGGACGCCCUCUCCAGCCCCACCAGUGUCCAGGAGGCCGAUGAGACCACACGUUCGGACAUUUCCGAGAGGCCGUCUGUAGAUGAUGUCGAGUCGGAAACAGGAUCGACUGGUGCCCUGGAGACCCGCAGCCUCAAGGAUCACAAAGGGGCUGCCAGAGGCCCAGCCGGUCUCAGCCGAGCUAAAGUAGAGAGGGAGCUGGAUGCGCUGGGUCCUGUGGCAUUAUUUACCACAAGUUUCCUUUUUCCCGUGUCUAAGUGUGUCUCUUCCUUCCCUUGUGUGUUUUUUUCUUCCUUCCCUUUCUUUUAUUUUCAUAUAUAUUUUUAUUGAUUUCAGAGAGGAAGG